AUGUGUGUCGCCUUCUUUACGCUGGAACACCAUGACUACGCCCUUAUCCUGUGCAGCAAUCGCGACGAAUAUCUGUCCCGGCCCACGGAGUUUGCACAUUUUCAUUCAUUCGAAACACAGGGUCAUCUGCGCCACGGAAUAUUACAAGAUCAACAACCAGGACAGUGUCCGACACAGCACUCGCAAUACAGUGACACCGUUGUGUUAUCGGGCAUUGAUGUCCAAGCCGGUGGUACCUGGCUUGGCCUUGCGAAGACAGGAAAAUUAGCCCUGCUGACUAACAUCACCGAAGACACAGCCCUCAAGUUUCCCCAGUCAAGGGGUCAUCUUGUAGCCUCGUUCUUGGCAAACCCGCCGUCGUCCCUGACCGAUCUGACGGAUAUAGAACAAUAUCUUCGCGGGCUUGUUGGUCCUUUCGACUUGACAGACGAAGGAGGAGCGCGUUAUGCAGGGUUCAACUUGCUUCUUCUCUCCCCUCGAGUCACCUGUUCUUCAGCUUCGCCGUCCCCGCUCAUCUCCUAUGAAGCCUACCUUGCUACGAACCGUGGCGCCAGUGGUCAGAUUACUUAUCGUCCCCUGACUCAUGUCGAGAGGCAAUAUGGCGGGCUGUCUAACGGGUCAGAUGGGUAUGGUGGAAAGGAAUGGAUCAAAGUGAAAAAGGGGUUGGAAAUAUUACGGACGGUCGUGAAGGGCCCGGACCAUUCGGAGGAUAAGAUAAUUGAGGAGUUGUUUGAGCUCCUUACUUGGACGUCCCCCACACCCCCGACUUCCCGCGCCGAACUAUGCAACACAAUCCAGGUCGAUCCUAUCCUUUUCCGUCCUGGUAACAUCGGCGCUGGAUACUACGCAACAAGGCUCGCCACGGUGAUACUGGUGAAGCGGACAGGUGAGGUUGUGUUCAUCGAGCGAGAUCGAUGGAUGUUGCCGGACGAAGCCAAAUCAAAUGCGGAAAGGAAGCAAGGCAGUGAAUGGAGCGGGGAUAGGAGUAGGCAGGGAGAGGAAAGAGGGGAAAGGAAGCCUGUUCUUGCGUCGACCUUGUCCUCGGCGACGCAACGUGUGUACAGGUUCAAGUUGGAUAUGUAA